UAUCAGUAAACACAGACAUACUUCCAUGUACGCCAUUUAGCCACUUGUGUGGUUCCAAGUGACAGGCUAUUACGCAAGACGACUGGAACCAUGCGUUUAUGUUUCGCCAUUCUAUUUUCUAUGGCAUCGGGCCUGAUAAUGCCGCUGACCAAACCAAAUGGACAGGUUGAUCUAAAGAGUUUAGUAAGUCACGUGUCGACUUUAGAAACAGCCAUGACUUCGCUACAAUCCCGUUUUCAGGUAAACACGGUGCAGUUGGAGAAUGUCAAGUCCCAGUUGAAGGCCACCGAGGACAAACUACGGACAACAUCGGACGAGCUCCUCAUUGUGCAGGCAAAGCAGGAGGUACUGCAGAAAACAACUAAAAAUAUGUCCCACAUAGUCCUUGAACUUGACGCAGAUGUUGCCUUCGAGGUGACCCAGAAGGCAGAAAAAGUUGGAUUGUCUACUACUCUCAAGUUUGAUACAAUACAGACGAAUGUAGGGAAAGCCUAUAGCCAAAGGACAGGCGUGUUUAAGGCACCUGUUUCUGGAACGUAUUUGUUCUGGGCAGACGUAAUGAUUUCUAACCACCAUAACGAUGGCUAUUUAACCCUGAACCAGAACGGGGUGAUUCUUGACACUGCAUACGCACAUUCCCUGGCUGGCCACAACAACGGCCUGAUCGUCCUAACAACUGUCUCCCGACUAAAUCAAGGAGCCAGGAUCACCUUUUCGUUUAAUUCCUCCACUGCGGUCGUUGGCGGAGGCGUUUCCAGCUACGGCGGCACACUGCUACGUGCUCGUUAAAAGACUAUCUUGAAUGCCACACUGAAGAGUAUCGGACAUGAGUAUCUAUGUUAAAUAGACCGUGUCGUUGUUACUGAAGUUGCUGUUUAAAACUCUUAUUCGAGGAAAAGUUGUGUUACGAACUGUUCAAUUUCUCGCCUAGUUACUUCGGAACCAUGCCGGAUAUUACUAAGCGAAAACGUUCCUGUGUCACUUAUGGGCCAUCAAAUGUGCCAUUGCAGGGUGUCGGUCGUUCAUGCAAAAAUAAUACUUCAAGCAUAAAAUUGUGUCUGUCUAAA